GAAAGCUCACUAUUCCUAUUUCCUACUCAAUAGAAGAAGUCUCUCUCGUCUCUCGUCUCUCGUCUCUCCACCUCCUCCCUAUUUCCUAACUGCGGCCAUGGAUGCGGUGGAAAGGGUGGUAGCGCAAAUCCAAGGUCUUUCUGGUAGCGCAGCAGAUUUGAAUAACCUCCAUGUCCUCCUCAAACAAUCUGAAGAUUCCCUUCGUGCCAAUUUCUCUCGCUUGCCUUCUUUCCUCCUUCAGCUUGAUACCUCCGCUCACUCUCUCGGAUAUCUCUACUUCUUGGAUGCUUACACAGCUUCAGUAUCAAGAGAUCAAACAAAUGAGGCCGUUCUAUUAGUGGCUAGAUUUAUCAGUUCUUGCCUCGCUGAACAGAUUCGUCUUGCACAUCAUAAAUUUAUAUGUGUUUGCAAGAGGUUCAAGGACCAACUUAUAGUGCUUUCGGCUCCCAUGAGGGGUGUUGCUCCGAUGCUGACUGCCAUCCAUAAAAUCCGGCCUUCUUCUGAACAUUUAACUACUCUGCAUCCUGACUUUCUUUCUCUUUGUGUAUUGGCAAAAUGCUACAAGACUGGUUUAUCUGUGCUAGAGGAUGAUGUAUUUGAGGUUGACCAGCCAAAGGACCUUUUUCUUUACUGUUAUUAUGGGGCACUGAUUUACAUUGGACUAAAGAAGUUUGAGAAAGCAUUGGAGCUUCUUCACAACGUUGUUACUGCUCCUAUGUCUACUUUAAAUGCAAUAGCUGUUGAAGCAUACAAAAAGUACAUUUUGGUUUCAUUAAUUCACCAUGGGCAGUUCUCCACUCAUUUUCCAAAGUAUACUUCUUCAGUUUGUCAGAGGAGUUUGAAGAACUUUACUCAGACCUACCUUGAACUAGCUAAUUGCUAUAGCAACGGGAAAAUUGUUGAAUUAGAGACGUUUCUACAGGUGAACAAGGAUAAGUUUGAGGUGGAUAACAAUCUAGGAUUGGUGAAGCAGGUUGUUUCAUCGAUAUAUAAGAGAAAUAUCCAGAGAUUGACUCAAACAUACUUGACUUUAUCCCUUCAGGAUAUAGCCACUACAGUGCAAUUAAACAGCCCCAAGGAAGCAGAGAUGUAUGUACUUCAAAUGAUUCAAGAUGGUCAUAUAUAUGCUACAAUUAACCAGAAAGAUGGAAUGGUUCGAUUCCUAGAGGACCCAGAACAGUAUAAGACGUGUGAGAUGAUUGAGCAUAUAGACUGCUCCAUUCAGAGGAUAAUGUCUCUGUCAAAGAAACUAGCUUCUGUAGAUGAACUAAUCUCAUGCGAUCCACUGUACUUGACAAAGGUUGGGAAAGAACGACAGCGUUUUGACUUUGAUGAUUAUGAUAGUAGUGUGCCUCAGAAAUUCACCAUUUGAGUCCAAGAAUCCACUGUACAUGGCGAAAAGCUCGAUCCUACUUCAGUUUCCGGUCAUGGUUAUAACAUGUAUUUUCUACGUUCAUCUUGCAGAGAAUAGAACUAUCUAGUAGGACCUUUAAAAUGUACAUACCUUUUGGAUCGUUGUGCUUUGAGUCUGAUGCUGAAAAAAGGUAAUCUGCUUUUCUUUCCGUAGAGUCCUCUCCGGUACAAAGUAAAUGACCCGUGUGUCCCAUUGAUGAUAACCAAUUAUUUAAAGCGGCCAUCUACGUACUCCCAGUUUCCAGAAUCUUAUCCUCAUAAAACGGAGGCAAGUAACUAUGAAUCAUUUGACGGCUUGUUUAGCUAGUAGUCAUAAAUAGUUAGGUAAUCCAUUUGUAGUAUGAAUUUUUAAAAAAAAUCUUAUAUUGUUAAUUGUGGUAAUGCUAUUUCAUCCUCAAA